CGGAGCGGAAGUGGAGCUGCCGCCACCGCCGCCGCCGAUUCCGGAGCCGGGGUAGCCGCCGCCGCUGCAGCCACUGCAGGCACCGCUGCCGCCGCCUGAGGAGUGGGCUUAGGAAGGAAGAGGUCAUCUCGCUCGGAGCUUCGCUCGGAAGGGUCUUUGUUCCCUGCAGCCCUCCCACGGCAGAGUCUCCAGAGAUUUGGGCCGCUACAAAAAGUGCAUUUUGCCCAUUCGGCUGUGGAUAGAGAAGCAGGAAGAGCACUGGACUUGGAGUCAGGGAAUGACAAUGGAUAAAAGUGAGCUGGUACAGAAAGCCAAACUCGCUGAGCAGGCUGAGCGUUAUGAUGAUAUGGCUGCAGCCAUGAAGGCAGUCACAGAACAGGGGCAUGAACUCUCCAACGAAGAGAGAAAUCUGCUCUCUGUUGCCUACAAGAAUGUGGUAGGCGCCCGCCGCUCUUCCUGGCGUGUCAUCUCCAGCAUUGAGCAGAAAACAGAGAGGAAUGAGAAGAAGCAGCAGAUGGGCAAAGAGUACCGUGAGAAGAUAGAGGCAGAACUGCAGGACAUCUGCAAUGAUGUUCUGGAGCUGUUGGACAAAUAUCUUAUUCCCAAUGCUACACAACCAGAAAGUAAGGUGUUCUACUUGAAAAUGAAAGGAGAUUAUUUUAGGUAUCUUUCUGAAGUGGCAUCUGGAGACAACAAACAAACCACUGUGUCGAACUCCCAGCAGGCUUACCAGGAAGCAUUUGAAAUUAGUAAGAAAGAAAUGCAGCCUACACACCCAAUUCGUCUUGGUCUGGCACUAAAUUUCUCAGUCUUUUACUAUGAGAUUCUAAACUCUCCUGAAAAGGCCUGUAGCCUGGCAAAAACGGCAUUUGAUGAAGCAAUUGCUGAAUUGGAUACACUGAAUGAAGAGUCUUAUAAAGACAGCACUCUGAUCAUGCAGUUACUUAGGGACAAUCUCACUCUGUGGACAUCGGAAAACCAGGGAGACGAAGGAGACGCUGGGGAGGGAGAGAACUAAUGUUUCUCGUGCUUUGUGAUCUGUUCAGUGUCACUCUGUACCCUCAACAUAUAUCCCUUGUGCGAUAAAAAAAAAAAAAAAAAAAAAGAGAA